AUGGGAGUCAAUGCCGCUAGCAACAACUCCCUUAUACGAUUGUCCAACGACUUCGAUGAAAGUGAAAGCCCAUCCGAUACAACAGCAAUGACACUCAACAACAAAAACCUAUCGAUAUCCAGUAGAAGUUCUGAACGCCAACGAUCGCAGAGUGUUAGGCGGUAUAAUUCUAUGCCGCACAAUAUGGGGGACAUGGCGGAUGAGAUGAACGAUAUAGAAACAGACACG